UGCCUGGAGGAGCGGGAUGCCAUGAGGCAGCGAGCAGACGCAGCUCUCCGAGCCAAGGAGGAGGGCGAUCGCUUCCUGGAGGCCUUCCGUGCCCAUGCCAGCGCCCGGAUCAGCGCCCGUGACCAGAGCCUGGCCUCCCAGCAAGAGCUGGGCACGCUGCUGGUGGAUGCCAUCGACCUGCAGGCAUCCCUGGCUGCUGAGGCUCAGCCCUUCAGGGAGUUCAUAGACAUCACCUUUGAGAAUCUGGAGGAGGAAAGGAGAGCCCUGGAUGUGGAGCGGGAGCAGACGAGGGCUCUGGUGUCGCGGUGCCGCGCUGUGCUGGAGAGCGUUCCCGGCAAGCUGCGGGGCUGCCUGGAGGAGCGGGAUGCCACGAGGCAGCGAGCAGAUGAAGCUCUUCAAGCCAAGGAGGAGGUGUCCUGCCAGCUGGAGGAGACCUCGGUGGCCCUUCAGGAUGCGGUGGCUCAGGUGGAGCAGCUGACAGUGGCCAACUCACGCCUCAGUGCAGACCUGAGCUCCUUGAUGACGAAUCUGGCCAACCUGGAGCAGGAGCGGGAUGCGCUGCAGCAGGAGAACGAGAAGCAGUGGGAGGAGAUGGCCUGGCUGGCGCGGGAGAAGGAAACCCUGCAGCGGGAGUGCAAGGGGCUGUGCCAGGAGCUGCGGGAGGCAACCGAGUGCCGGGAGUUUCUUGACCAGGAGAACCGCAUGUCCCGCACGCAGCUGCUGGAGGUGGAGGCCAGGCUGAAGACCUCACUGGCCACCUUGCAGGAACGCAGCCUGCAGUACGAGGAGCUGAUGGACUCCCACCAGCGCCUGCGGGAAGAGCAGGCUGCCCUCAGCCAGGAGCUGGAGAACACCAAGGCUGAGCUCCUCGACUUGCAGCUCAAAAGGGAGAAAGUCUCCUGGUGCUCGGCGGACAUCACUGAGAGCAAGAUACGGCUGCAGGAGCUCGCUGACUGCCUCAGGGCUGCUCUGCCAGAGGAGGAUGAUGAUGCCCCAUCAAGAAGCAGAGCCUGGACCCCGGCUCCACGGACCCCAGGCUGGCGGACACCGGGCUGGCAGACACCCCACCGUGCCUGGACCCCCGCCUGACGCAAACCGGCGUGCCCACCCCGCACUCCGUACCGCACCGGCAGCUCCUUCGUGGGCAGUGUCCUGAAAGCAGUGUCAGGGAAAGAUGCCGAUGAAGCCACCGGAGGUGGGAGUGCAGUUACUAAGGACAAAGCUGCCUCUGCACCAAAGGCAACAGAGCCUGAGGAUGGUUUGCUGGAGAGUGUGAAGGAGCUGAGAGCUGUGGUCUCCAGCCUCACCAUGCUGAGCUCCCGCAUCCAGGAGCUGGAGCAGAGCGAGUUCAAGGCACUGCAGAUGGAGAUCUCUGACCUGCAGCUCCGUCUGGAGACGGUGACAACCGAGAGCCAGGAGAAGAUGGAUGCCCAGGCUGCCACCAUUGCCAAGCUGAACAAGACGCUGAGGGGCAAGCUAGAGAACGAGAAGGAGCUGCAGGACGCGGUGAAACGGCAGGAAGCGAGGAUGCUGCAACUCAUUGACAAGAGUGGGGAAGUUAUGAGGCUGAAGGGAGAGGUCUCCCAGCUGAAGCGCUCGCUCCAGCGUGCGGAGACGGAGGCCAAGGUGCUGUGGGAGGAGAUGAGGGGGCAGGAGCCCAAGGUGGAUGCUGCCUAUGUCCAGGAGCGAGUCCUGCUGCGGCAGGAGGUGGACAAACUGCGGCUGCUGCUCCUGGAGAAAGAGGAUGAGAAUCUGCUGCUCUCUGACAAGUACCUGGAGCAGGUCCGAGGGCUGGAGCUGAGGCUCAAAGUGCUGAGGACCCAUGAGGAGAUGCAGGAGAAGAUGAAAGAG